GACCACCCAAAACACGUAUCCUCGCGCGCUCACUGUUUGCCCCCCCUUCUUUCCCCCUCGGUCUGUUGAAACUUUCAGCAGCGACUCUCGUUUCGCUCCCACCCCCCAUGGCGCCGACGUUUGAAGACGACAAGGCGCCGAUAUGCAUCCCGUUUAUCCUCGAGCGGCUGCGGGCGCACCGCGAGCAGCAGCAGCAGCACCACCACGACCAUAACCACCAUCAUCAGGCUUCUUCCUCUGCGGCCGCGGCAGAAAGGGCAGCCGGUGACCAUGUCUCGGCCCCGGCGCCACCGCCGCUCCUCAUCGGCCUCAACGGCAUGCAGGGCGUCGGCAAGACGACGCUCGUCGCCGCGCUGGCGGGCGCGCUCGAGGCGCGGGGCGUGCGCACGCUCGUGUGCAGCGUCGACGACUUUUACCUCACGCACGCGGACCAGAGGGCGCUGGCGGCGGCGCAUCCCGACAACGCGCUGGUGCAGCACCGCGGUGAGCCCGGCACGCACGACGUGGCGCUCAUACGGGACGUCGUCUCGGCCCUCGCAAGGGGCAUACCGACACGCAUCCCGCACUACGACAAGGCGGCCUUUAACGGGCAGGGCGACCGCCGGCCGGCAAGCACCUGGACGCCGGUGAACAACAACAGCGAGUCUCCCCACAACGACAACGACGACGGUGACGUCCAUGAUCAGCGGCAGGGCCCCGUGCAGGUCGUCAUCCUCGAGGGCUGGUGCGUCGGCUUCCGCGCGCUGCCCCCCGCCGCCGUCGAAGCCCGCUGGCGCGCCGCCGCCGCCGCGACCCCGAGUCCAAGCCGGAGUGGCGGCAGCACGCUGCGGAACCACGCCCUCGAGCACCUGCUCUUCGUCAACGAGCGGCUGCGGGCGUACGACGACGCGCUGACGGACCGGCUCGACGCCUUCGUGCACGUCGACUCCGAGGACGUCGGGUACGUGUACGCGUGGCGGCUCGAGCAGGAGGAGGCGCUGCGGCGGGACAGGGGCGGCGAUCCCGCGGCGGGCAUGACGCCCGAGCAGGUGGUGCGCUUCGUCGACGGCUACUUUCCUGGGUACGAGCUGUACACGGACGGCGUGAGGGAUGGAGUCCUGCCUGGCCGGCCGGGCUGCCAGCUGCGGAUGGUCGUCGGGCGGGAUCGAAAGGUGAAGCAGGUGAUUCGCAUAUAGACCGCACGACCGGCGGCCUAGAGAGCUCUUGUUCAUUACAUGUAGGACGUACCAACUCAAGUACCAUCUAUGGCUCCCAAACGCCACGCUUGGUGCGCGCACCAUACAACGAAAU